AUGGGGCGAGGACAGAAACGUCAGAGCUGGGCUGGGGCAGAUGGGAGUAGGGAGGAGACAGACGAGGACGUCACUCUGGAAGCGCUGUGGGCAGCUCUGGAGGGAGCUCUGGGGCAGGGGAGAUGCCCGGAGGAGUGCUCCAGGAGAGCUUGGGAGCCCUUCCCUGAGGCCGUGUAUGAGGAGAUCGGUUACAGCCCGGCGUGGGAGAAGCAGGCGAGGUUCAGUCGCUCAGUAUCAGGCAGAGAUGUUUCUGGUAACUUCUCACUGCCUUUUCCUCCUUGGACAGUCCCCUGUGUCCAGAGGACGCAUGUGCCCAACAGCAGUUCCAUGACUGUGUUCCUCCUCCUGGAAUUUGCAGACACGCGGGACCUGCAGCUCUUGCACUUCUGGCUCUUCCUGGGCAUUUACCUGACUGCCCUCCUGGGAAACGGCCUCAUCAUCACCACUGUAGCCUGUGACCACCGCCUCCACACCCCCAUGUACUUCUUCCUCCUCAACCUCACCCUCCUCGACCUGGGCACCAUCUCCACCACUGUCCCCAAAACCAUGGCCAGUUCCCUCUGGAACAACAGGGCCAUCUCCUAUGCAGGAUGUGCUGCACAGGUGUUUCUGUUUCUCUUUUUGAUCUCAGCAGAGUAUUUACUUCUCAUUGUCAUGGCCUAUGACCGCUACGUUGCCAUCUGCAAACCCCUGCACUACGGGACCCUCCUGGGCACCAGAGCUUGUGUCCACAUGGCAGCAGCUGCCUGGGGCUGUGGGUUCCUCAAUGCUGUGCUGCACACUGCCAACACAUUUUCACUACCGCUCUGCCAAGGCAAUGCUGUGGACCAGUUCUUCUGUGAAAUCCCCCAGAUCCUCAAGCUCUCCUGCUCAGAUGCCUACCUCAGGGAAGUUGGGGUACUUGUGGUUAGUGCCUGCUUAGUCUUUGGUUGUUUUGUUUUCGUUGUGCUGUCCUAUGUGCAGAUCUUCAGAGCCGUGCUGAGGAUUCCCUCUGAGCAGGGACGGCACAAAGCCUUUUCCACGUGCCUCCCUCAUCUGGCCGUGGUCUCCCUGUUUAUUAGCACUGCUGUAUUUGCCUACCUGAAGCCCCCCUCCAUCUCCUCCCCAUCCCUGGACCUGCUGGUGGCAGUUCUGUACUCAGUGGUGCCUCCAGCUGUGAACCCCCUCAUCUACAGCAGGAGGAAUCAGGACCUCAGGGAUGGCAUUAGGAAACUGAUAAAAUGGGCUCCUUUUUUGCACCAAGAAACAUCCCAUCUAUCCAGAAAUGACUGCCAGAGAUCAAGGAUUGGAUUUAGGACUCACCCGUCAGUGUCUAGUGACAGUGGAGGCCAUGGCUGGUCACUGAGUGACAUACCCAAGGCUGUCACAUGUCACACGGGGCAGACAACAUCAUUCUCAAGGGGAAACUGGAGCUGCCUGGAGAUCUCCCAGGCUCUCCGGGCACAGAGUGUGCCGGAGGUGGGCAGUGAAUGUGAGAGAGCACCCAAGGUGGAGUCACCGAAGAUGAAGUGCCGAAUUGCUGUAUCCACAGGGAAACAAGGACUCUGCAGUCCCAGAGGAGGCAGCAGGGACCCCACAGCACGUGUAAAGGAGUCUGGAGAGUGA